AUGAGAGGUGCUAACAAACAUUUAUUCAUUGCAUAUUAUACAUUGUUUGUAAAACCUGUCUUUGAAAUCUAUCAAAAAACAUCAAAAAUUCGAGAUAUUACACAAUAUACUAAAGAUGUAUCAAAUGCAUAUGGAGUAGAUCCAAAUCGAUGUUCUUCAAUGUUUGAUACAUUAAAUAGAUGGCUUUAUUCAUCAAGUGGAUUAACUAAAGGACCUGAUUCAAUUUUAUUUCGGUCAAGUGAACCAUUUUUAAAAAAUAUUGAUAAUAGACAACCAAGUGAUUAUCCAUAUUAUCAAACAACAAAUACAACAGGAUAUCAACAAAAAGAACCAUUCAAUGGAAUUAGUGAACUUCCACGGGAUGUUAAAACAGCUAUUGACCAAACUAAAAAACCAGCACCAAUGAAACCUAUUCCACGUUAUCCUGCACCUUAUCCUUUUGGUUAUGACAAAGACAAUCGAGAUCAAAGAUAUCCUAGAGGUUAUGAUGAUCCUUAUUAUGAUGAUCCUCGUUUCGACCCAAGAUAUUCAUCAUCUAGAUUCGACCCACGCUUUGACCCAAGGUAUGACCCUCGUUUUGAACGAUUUGAUAUGAGAUAUGAUCCAAGAUAUGAUCGGUAUGAUCCUAGAUAUGAUCCAAGGUAUGAUCGGUAUGAUCCUAGAUAUGACAAUACCACUGACCCUAGAAUUGAUAUGAGGAAUGAUCCUCGACUUGACCCUCGACUUAACUAUGACACUCGUUAUGAUCGUUUGGAACGUGGCAUUCAACAACUAGAACGACCAAAUGAACGUACACCCCUCGAACGGGGUGCUUCUAUUGACCGUCCACCUAUUGACACUAAACCAUCUCUGGACAAAGUCUCCGAACGCACUCCACAAGACCUUCAAAGUCGUCCUCAAGUAGACAGAACCCAACGUGUCGGGCUAACAGACAUUCGACCACCUCCUCUUAACGACCCUAGGGAUCUUCGUGACCCACGUCUUAUGGAUUCUAGGUUCGACCCUCGGUAUGACAAUCGCUAUCUUAGAGAUCCUCGUUAUUUAUCUGAUCCUAGGUAUGAGCGUGACCCUUUCUCUCGUGACCCAAGAUAUAUGGGAGACCCUCGUGCUCCAUUCGAGCGUAACCCAUUAGAACGUGAUCCUCGUAUGGAUCCAAGAGCACCAUUAGAUAGACCUCCUAUGGACAGACCUCCUUUAGAUCCAAGAGCUUCCAUAGACAGACCUCCUAUUGAUGCAAGAGCACCAAUUGACCGACCUCCUUUAGAAAGAACACCAUUAGACCGAGAUCCACGUAUUCCAAUUGAUCGACCACCUAUUGAACGAGACCCUCGUUUAAAUACAGACAUUCACGAUAGGUCAGAAAGAAUUGACCGAAGUGAUCGUUCUGGGGCUGAGAAAAAGAGAAACUUCUUACCAAUUAACAACAAUCCACCACCUAAAUAA